AUGCCCAGUUCUACUGCAAUGGCAAUUGGAGCUCUCUCAAGUUCCCUCCUGGUAACAUGCUGUCUAAUGGUUGCCCUCUGUAGCCCGACCAUACCUCUGGAAAAACUGGCCAAGACUCAGGACAAACAGGAGAUUAAAACCAAUCAAGAGAAGAGAGACCACGCAGCCCGGGACACUCAGAGCCAGACAGGCCCAGGGAAAAUGAAUGAAAUCAGUAGGAAUGGGCGGGAGGAGGGCAGCUCCAGGGAUGGGAAGAGCAAAGGAAGCCGGAAUUAUUCCAACAAAGAGUCUUGGAGCAAACAGAAACAGACUUGGAAUAGCCAAGGGUUGAGCAGUAAACCUGGGAAUUUGCAAGGCCAAGAGCCAGGGGAUAGUGCUCAAGAAGAAGCUCUGGCCGCAGAAGAUGCAUCUCUUCCUGAAGUCCUGGCUACCCCGGAACCCCCGGAGGAGUAUGCCUAUCCAGACUACCGAGGGAAGGGCUGUGUGGAUGAGAGUGGCUUUGUUUAUGCUAUUGGAGAGAAGUUUACACCUGGCCCUUCAGCCUGCCCUUGCCUUUGCACUGAGGAGGGACCUCUGUGCAUUCAGCCCGAGUGCCCAAGACUCCACCCUCGCUGCAUCCAUGUAGAUACCAGCCAGUGUUGUCCUCAGUGCAAAGAGAGGAAGAACUAUUGUGAGUUCCGGGGAAAGACGUAUCAAACUCUAGAAGAGUUCAUGGUCUCUCCCUGUGAGAAAUGCCACUGUGAAGCCAAUGGUGAAGUGCUUUGCACAGUGUCAGCUUGUCCUCAGACUGAAUGUGUGGACCCUGUGUACGAGCCAGAUCAGUGUUGCCCCAUCUGCAAAAACGGCCCAAACUGUUUUGCAGAAACCACUGUCAUCCCUGCUGGAAGAGAGGUGAAGACAGAUGAGUGCACUAUAUGCCACUGUACUUAUGAAGAAGGCACUUGGAGAAUUGAACGGCAAGCGAUGUGCACUAGACACGAAUGCAAGAAAAUGUAG